AUGGGUUCUGCCAAAUGGUAUUUAUUGAACUCACACGUUACAUGCAUUUUGCUCGAUUGGGGUAUUACUGUGUUAACUGUGCCAUAUCUUAUCCUUCCGGUUAUAGGAGGAUAUCCAUUGGGAAUCUUAAGAUGGUUUGGAGUGCCCAUCGUUGUGCAAAUAUAUGUCAGUAUGACUAUGGUUUCUUUUACUGUUACUUCUAUCGUUUUAAUUUUCGAAAAUAGAUUCUAUCAGCUGUAUGCAAUAAAUAGUUCCUGGCGCUACCUACGUAUACCGUUCAUCAUAACCAAUUAUUUGCUAGAUGCGACUCAUGUACUGCCAGCAUGUUUGAUGGUUCCCGAUCAAAAGGUUGCAUUGGAGUUCGCUUAUAAGCGAAUACCAAACUUAUCGGAUGAGACAAAAGCCGAGACACUAUUCUUUCUAGGAAUUGACUUUUGGAUUCAAAUACCGUAUUUUUUGAUAGGCCUCAAAACAGCUGUACAAGUAUGCUUGUUUAUUUGGCUGAUCAAUCGUAAUAUGAGUUUGGAAUCUAGACGUUUCACUAGAUCUGAAAAUACAACAAAUCUCCAGAGAAAGUUUUUGAAAGCUAUUAAAGCUCAGUUAAUGGUAUUGGCCAUUAACUUUUUAUUACCCCAAACAUAUACUAUGGUUUCAUUCAUCACACACUAUUACAACCAAUUUGCGAACAAUCUGGUUAUUAUUGCAGUUUCGUUGCAUGGUAUCAACUCCACUUUAAUUAUGCUAUGGGCUCAUAAAACAUAUCGUGAAUAUUGUUUUACGAUUUUCAAAAAGAUCAGAAGUGUUUUGGGAUGCACAUCUGUUUCAGCAGUAUCACCUACAUCUUCCUUAACUGUUUUAACCUAA